AUGGAGUCUGGUGCAAUAACUCUGAACUUGAAUGAGAAUCAUCUCACCGGUUCUAUUGAAGUACCCAACUCGUCUUCUUCAUCAAGGCUAAAGAAUUUGGUCCUUGGGAACAACCAUUUCGAAGGACAAAUAAUAGAGCCUAUCUCAAAGCUCAUCAACCUCAAGGAACUCUACCUUUCUUUUUUAAACACAAGCUACCCAAUUGACUUAAACCUUUUCUCCUCUCUCAAAUCUUUGUCGGCCCUCGAUCUUUCCGGUAAUAGUAUAUCUCCGGCCAGUUUAAGAUCAGAUUCACUCAUGCCGGUUACCCUGGGAGUGUUUUCCUUGGCGCACUGUGGAAUCAGUGUGUUCCCAAACAUCUUAAAGUCCCUUCAAAAUUUGGAGUUUAUAGACAUAUCCGAAAACCGUAUCAAAGGGAAAAUCCCUGAGUGGUUAUGGAGCCUUCCCUGUCUAAGGUCAGUGAACGUUUUAGAUAAUUAUUUCAACGGUUUCGAAGGUUCAGCAGAUAUUUUAGUAAACUCAUCAGUUCAGAUAUUAGUUUUGGAGACAAACAGUUUUGAAGGAGCACUUCCCAAUCUACCACUCUCUAUCAACGUCUUCUUUGUGUGUUCUAAUAGUUUCACAGGGGAGAUACCUCUUUCAGUCUGCAACAGAAGGUCGCUUGAUGUUCUUGAUCUAUCCUACAACAAAGUCACCGGUCCAAUUCCUCAAUGUUUGAGUAACUUCACGUUUUUGAAUCUCCGAAUGAACAACUUGGAAGGAAGUAUUUCUGACGUCUUCCAUGCCCGUGCCUCUCUACGAACACUCGACGUUGGUUACAAUCAACUAACUGGAAAGCUUCCAAGGUCUCUUCUAAAUUGCUCCUUUCUAGAGUUUCUAAGCGUUGACAACAACAAAUUCAAAGACAAGUUUCCUUUCUGGCUCAAGGCUUUACCAAAUUUGCAAGUCCUUACCAUGCGUUCCAACAAAUUCUAUGGUCCUAUAUCACCUCUUCAUCAAGGUCCACUCGGAUUUCCUGAGCUGCGGAUAUUUGGGAUAGCCGAUAAUAAGUUUACAGGAAGCUUGCCACCAAACUUAGCCUUUACCUUAUUCUAG